CGGGAUCCCAUGAGGUCCGAGACUCCGGCUCCGACGACGGGUCAAAUCAGGUUCGUUUCCUUGCUUUAAAUCAUGUGAAAUAGUACAUGAAACGCAAACGUUUCUAGUCUUUCUUUCCUAUUUUCCGUUCUACUUGAUAAAAUCUUUCCUCUCGCCUGCGACUUGUAGGUCUCACUUGGAUAACCUCUUUGGAACACCAUCAUCAUGGCACCUCAUCACCCCCUUCAACGGCUUACGUCGCCCUCACGAGAUGUCUCGCUAUUGCUUCAUAUCAUCGGAAUAGCCUCUUUCAGUUACAACUUCCACUUUCUCACAGUCUGGGAUACGCCUAUAGCCAGGUCUUACGGAUGGCAUAUGCAGUUCCUUACCAUUAUUGGCCUUUCAGCAUCACUCAUUGCCUUUGUACUCGGGGCAUUGGCCGAUAUUACCCUCAGCCGAAUACUCUUCCAGGCAAAGAAUGCCGUUGCUGUUCUUGCUACGCCUCUGGAAGUUGUCAUCUCAAUCUUGUAUUGGGGUCUGAGGCUAAUUGACCCCAAACUGCUCAUGCCUGAUGACUUCUAUCUGCACAUUAUCCCUGAUAUGGGAUUUCAUCUUGCGCCUGCAGUACUCCUUAGUCUAGAUCUGGUUCUUCUUAGCCCUCCUUGGACCAUCCCAGCUUACGGCAUUAUGGCAAUCAGCACUGUCAUUGCCUUUGCCUAUUGGUAUUGGGUUGAGCUCUGCUUUAGCCACAAUGGAUGGUACCCAUAUCCUCUAUUCGAACUUCUUUCCACGACCCAGCGAGUAAUGCUGUUCACAUUUUCAGCUGGGCUAGUUACAGUCUCUUCCUCGUUCCUCAAGUGGGUGUAUGGCCGAGUCAAUGGCUACGAAAGAGCAGAAAGGGAGGUACAUAAGCCUCUCAAGAAGCUUCAGUGACCUUCUAAAUCAAUGAAUGAGGCAAAUACCAAAGUAUAUAGACGUGUAAAAAUAGGGGCGAUGACAUGAAGGAUAGAGGCAAUAGACAUUGUUUGGCGUGGUGUCAAUCACUGAAACAUAGAAGGGCAACAGGCCUUGUCCAUAUAUUGGAAGAAUAUAUUCAAGAGAACUCAACAUAAACAUCUCACUUUUAGAGUCAGAACUUAUGAAUAAUUGCUGAACAUAAUGUCAAGUCUUGGG